AGCUAGGUCGUAAAUACGACGACAUGUCAACUGCGCACAUUCAAUGGAAACAUGGCGACGAACGAAGGUACUGAUGUUAGACCUGAAGUGGAGACAAACUCCAGUCCCUCAGAAUACAACAGCGAAACAGUGAACGGUUCACCUUCAACUUGUAAUUCAGGUGGAUCGGUAUUUUCGAGUCCGAAGGUUUUGACGGGAGCCGGAAACAACCCGUUUGCUGUCCGGAGCUCACCGGGACGAGUGAGCAACGACAGUAACAGCGGUGACAUACCUAACCAUUUACCCGCGUCCAUUAUAGCACCUAGUAAAUUCGGUGCUUCAGCCUCGUCUUCUUGCAAUUCCUCUAAUUCGGUUCAGGCUGCGACUGGAGUGUGUUUGUCAUCUUCAACUAGCCAUCCCUUCAAAGAGUCUCAUGAUGGAGCAGAUUUUAACGGCCCGUCUUCAAAACCACUGCUUCGUCCGUCUCUCAUUGGUUCGGGGUCUUCAUUUGCAUCCUCUGGAACAUCGCAAAAUCAUAGCAUUCUAAAACCGGCUACAUUGGGAAACCCAUUUUCGCGAGCAGUUGAAUUGGCUGACGAAGAUUCUUCUACCACCACAGUACAACAACCGGUGUCACAGCCCAACUUGGGGACCGAUACAGCCGAAUCAAAAACAACCCUUUUGAUACCCUCACGAUUAAACAGUGUCAGCGCUGUAGGUUCGUCACCAACGGCGCCAGCAGCUGCAAGCGAAGGCAGUGAUGAAGGAUCUGAAGUGAGUGGAAUUUCGGUGGUGCCAGAUCUAGCGCCUUCAGAAUCCGUUGUUCCUUCGGCCAUUCCGCGCCCGUCGCUUACAUCUAGCAGUCUAUUCUCUACUACAGUGACCAGUGUUACUUCUGUUGCCACAACCCCCACUCCUGCUACUCCCACUGCUUGUGCCAACUUUGUGUUCGGACAGAAGCUUCACGAAAGAGUAGCGAACCCGAAUCACACUUCAACAGGACCAACAUCCAAUGGCGCAGAACCUACUACUAAUCUGUUUACUGUUAUUCCUAAGGAGAAAAGCGAAUCUGAAGCAGCCUCUACUAACGGUAUGGCGGCCAGCAAAACCCUUUCGGAUUCAGCUCGGGAGUUGGAGGAAGCGCGUGCCGCUAAACGUAAAUACGAUGAAGUCACGGUCGUCACGGGUGAGGAAGACGAACAAAAUGCCUUGCAGGUUUAUGGCAAGCUCUUCACUUUUGAUAAGGUUCAAGGUACCUGGAUAGAGCGUGGCCGCGGAACUUUGAGGCUCAACGAUAAACAACUCGAUAAUCAUGCACUGCAGUCGAGACUUGUAAUGAGGACACAGGGUUGUCUCCGCGUAAUUCUCAACACCAAAAUAUGGGCAGAAAUGACGAUCGACAAAACGAGCAGCAAAAGUAUUCGAAUGACAGCUGUGGAUGGCGAUCAGAUCCGUGUUUUUCUUCUCAUGGCUAGUCUCAAAGACACGGAAACGCUCUUUAACGCGUUAGAGUGGCGUUUGGCCACUUUGCGAGCUCACCAAUCGCGAGCAGCCGCCACGGCCAGCUCAAUACCUGAUGUGGAUUCGUCGGCAGCGUUGCCCGCCGUCCCCCACAAUGAAGACAGCGCCAGUAGUCCUAAGCGACGAGCCCUUCCUGUUGAAUCAGAAGAGUUAGGUGACGAAACUAAAAAGAAACGUUCCGAAUGACAAAACGAGUGAAGGGAUACGAACAAGUUGACUCAGCGACGCACGUAAAACUCUGCAAUCUUUAUUUUUGCCGAGUCAACUACAGUAUAUAAAAACAAACCGUACCCUAAAAUUCUUUACUUCUUUGAUCGACGAAGCUUGUGUGUUGUUUGCAAAAUGAGCCUUCUUCGAAGGUAACAUGAAGAUGUUGUUUUUGGUUGACACUUGCCUGUGUCUCCCUUUUUUUUGUUCUUUUUUUUCCUCUCUCCGAGUACUUGUAUAUUGUAUAUUACAAUAUGUGUACUUGAUCCGAGAUAUUGUCGCGUAAAGAACUCCUCGCACCUAAACUCACCUUGGUCUCUCUUUUUUUCCUUUUUUUUCCUUCCUGAAUUUGCAUCUCAUUUGCCUGUAGGCUGUUUGAAUCAUCGUCACUGGUUAAACAAUGUUGAUCACCUAAAUUACGCAUUACAAAAUUAAUCUAGCUCAA